CAUUCAGCAUCGCAAUAAGCUGAGAGUGUCCUUGAGACGAGAUGCGUGGGGCCUCGAGUCCGCACGAAGCUCGUGAGAGCUCAGCACUGCUGUGCUAAGGCGCAGUUCUAGUCGCGUACGAGGGGAUUUGAACGUCGCCGCGCGCGUAAAACUCCAUAGACAAGUUUGUUAAUACGUCCUCAACACCUUCAACCCAAACAAAAGAGUGACAAAAUGAUGUUGAAUAAGAUUGACGUUUUGAUUGAUUCAUUCGGCCAUUAUGACACGGCAAGCGAACGCACACUUAAUUACCUUGGCUGUGAUGAUUGGUUGUUGAAAUAGCCAUCAAUCAAACCCCGCUAUCUGCAAUUACAUCUUCCCCCUCCCCGCUGGGUUGAUUAUCCAAUAAAGAGGCAAAAUAUCGACAAAGAUGAAUUUUGAUUGGAAGGCGGCAUCAGUCUGUAAUCUCUUGUGUGUAAGUGUGGGUCACAUUGUCUCGUGGCGGUGCAAUAGACAAGCUGUAUUUAAUAUUUCACAUAACCUACCGCAUUCACAAACGACUUCACUGCCAGAGCCGUGCGCAGCGCGCUAGAAUGAUUGAUAUUCAGCCGGCAAUUCAACUCACACCCAAGACGUCAGCCAUCCACGAUUCCUCAAGAGACCGUGCUCCACUUCACGAACUACAAAUGCUAACACAAAGCGUGGCCAGUCGAGAAUACGUUCAUGCGUAUACUCCUAUCUCGGUAAGAAUCAAGACUCUAUCAAUAAUAAUUUUAUACACAAUCUCUUGCUAUCUGCUUUUCACAGGCACUCUCGCAAGGCGCGCCCAUGUUUAUAUUCGUAUGUAUGCGCGCAGAUAACCUUGAUAGCACAGUGCUAGACACAGAAGCGCGAUAUUUUAUCUCAAUGCUCUCUUCUCUCGAACAGGAAUCAGGCGAUCAACAGAAGAAAUCACCUCUGGCUCUGCUAGCUGCGACGUGCAGCAGCAUUGGCAAGACGGAAGGCAAGAAGGAAAGCCGUGAGCCCGUGAUUAACACGGCCAGACUUUCGCCCAAGAUUUCUAGCAGUCUAAACGAUGUUCGAAGCGCGGUUAAACUAAACUCGGACGAAAAAUCUUCGUUUAAACCGUACAAACAAAUUGAGGAGAAGGAAGUUAUUCACAGUACGGAAAAGCCAGGUUUCCGUGUGCCCAGUAAGGACACAACGAGUGAUGUUGUCUCGCGGAAUAAAAGUCCUGAAUUUCGAAGCAAAGUUUCACCGCAUAUCGGGUCAAGCUUUUCGCCAUUUCAAUAUCCGUACUUAACAGACGCUAGCGGACAUUGUUUUUAUCAAGGAUCGCCUGCCAGUCGGCUGUGUGGGAUGUAUUACGAUAUGCCAGGACACAGCACUUCAAGUCAUCAUGCAACGUGUCUCAAGUCUGAUUGUACUGGGAACUGUAGUUCUAUGGUGCUGCCCUCACCAACCUCGCUUGCACCCACAACACCUAGUAUACGACCCAUGUUCCCUACUCCUCCAGUCACGGCACCGUCUCCGGUGAAAUCUCAUGGCCUUAGCCCUACCUCGGCUAGAUCGAGCUCUUUAUACCCUAGAUGUAACUGUGGCUAUUGUAACCAGGGACAAGAGAGUAGCCUUAAACAAGCAAUGCAACAUCUACCACACUAUCAUAGAGAUUAUCUAACCAGCGCCUGCCAGGAUCCUUAUUGCACGAACUGUAAAACACCCAAGACUUCAACUUCGGCGACUAGCCAUGGUUGUGGACCACACUGCUACGGCCAUCAUCAUCACGAUUCGUCUUCGCUCCUGUCUGGAUCUUUAUCAACUGUUCCACCAAGCAUGUCACAUUUAUACCCUUAUGCCGGCUUCAUGCUUCGAGCUCAGAACGAUCAAAAUGGUCCUUUCGUUUGUAAUUGGGUCCAAGACUCGAAAAACUGUGGAAAGAGCUUUACAACCUCUGAGGAACUAUUGCAACAUCUACGGACUCAUACAAGCGCUGCUAAUGCGUCUAUAACACCCUUACAUACACCCUGCAACAUCCCUGGUUGUCCAUGUGGGUUAAAAUCCGCGAUGUCUGGGCCAACAAGACUGCAUUCUACGGCUCGAUAUCAUCCCUACUUUAUGCCAAGUCCAGCAAUGCAUUCCCCUUCAUUUCAUCCAGCAAUCUCACAUUAUUCAAGUCCUCAUGGCAUCCCUUAUCCUUCGUCUCUUAAGCCGUAUUAAUGGUGAUUAAAUAUAGACAGCGAAUCCGAAAAUAGCUUCAUAUUCAAUUUGCCCUCAAGUUGUACGUUUACAUUCUCUCAUUAACGAAAUGGGAUUUCAUCUCUUCGAGUGAUGGAGCCGUAUUAGGACACAUUGACGUUAGCGUUAAGUUAAUUUUAUGGAAUCGGCCAUGUGGCUACUAAAACUAAGACAACGGCGCGAAAAAGCACCUAUCCGAUACGGAAUGCACAACUUUCAGAAGCUGAGCGAAACAGCAUCUCACUGUUUCAAUAAUUCAUCUGAAAAUUGCGUUGCUAAAACUAAAAGAUACGGAUAGGGGUUUUCUUCACGUCGCUAUUCAGUACAGUGUAAACCCAGCCUAAUAUUGCAGUUGGGUCCAUUGUAGGUAGUAUUCAUUCUGUCGUGGUUUGUGUUUGAACUGCCUGACGGAGACAAAAACGCUUGGGCGUCUUAUACUCAAAGGGCUUUCGCUGGAAAACCGAAGUGUUUUGAUCUUUUCAGGCAGUUCAAACUUGUAUGAAUCACUUGAUUUCUAAACCUGAGGAUCGCGCGUGUGGAUUAUAGUAUUAUAAAAUUUAAAACAUGUAAAUUUGUGUGAAUGUCUGAAGGAAAUUAGCUCGGAUUAUCACAUUUGCCGAAGCGACAGUUUAACAUGGAUUGUAAAUAUUGCAAAGUUAACAAAGGGAUGCCGAAAGGCACGUUUAUUAUUAAAAUAAAUUGAAAUUUGAAAGUGC